AGUAUAAUUUCAUUCAUUCUUCCUCCCUGAACAGAAACUCAUCGCUGAUCUUGUCUCUGCGCCUUCUUCUCUUCGUUACCUUUUGGAUACUACAGCCGGUCCUGAUGGAGGCCAGAGGGAAAUUUGAUUUUGCUGCAACAGCAGACGAUGAGCUCAGCUUCAAAAAGGGAGACAUACUUAAGGUUUUAAGCCCACAAGAUGAUUGGUAUAAAGCAGAGAUGAACGGGCUGGAAGGAUUCGUGCCACAAAACUACAUCGAGAUGCAGACACCGAGGUGGUUUCAGGAGGACGCCAGUCGUAACGCUGCAGAGGACAUCCUCCGCUACAAAGAUGUGGGAGACUUUGUGAUCCGAGGGUGUCAGAGCUCCCCGGGAGACUUCUCCAUCUCUGUCAAGCAUGAGAGUGAUGUUCAGCACUUCAAAGUGAUGAAAGACAACAAAGGGCAGUACUUCCUGUGGUCGGAGAAGUUCACCUCGUUAAACAAGCUGGUGGAGUUUUACAAGUCCACCUCCAUCUCUAAGACCAGGGAGAUAUACCUCAAAGACGGGAGCUCGGACAGUAAGAGCCCCCCCACGCCAACGGCGGGGAAGAGGGGAAGUUUGCCUGAACAACGUAACACGGCGGCAGCCAUCGUUGCUUCAACGCGCAGAGCUUCAGACCAGCCCCACAACCAGCUGGCCAAGAGAGUGGGUCUGGAGGAGCGAGCUCACACCAUCGGUCACACAGGAAGAAGCAGCCCUGUCAGAGCUGGCUUUCCUCCCCAUCGCGCAUCUGAAACUUUGCCCCCCCCUCAGAGGGCGUCCACGAUGCAGGUCAAGGCGCUGUACGACUUCAACGCAGAAGAAGAAGAUGAACUGGGUUUCAGCACGGGCGACAUCAUUGAGGUGUUGGAUCGCUCUGACCCGUCGUGGUGGAGAGGAAAGCUGCGGGGGAAAAGCGGGCUGUUUCCUGCCAAUUACACAACGCAGCUUUGAGAAAACACCGCAGGCGAAGCACUUACUGAGCCUGCACGCAUUCACAGACUCGCUCUGCAGCUGCUGACUAACUGACUUAUUUAACCUCAGCACUUCAAGUUCAUCAAGGAAUGUGAGUCAGAUACUGUUUUCAGAUAAUAUUCAUACAUCUAAAAGGUCACAGACACACCCAAAUGAACUUUCCAAAGCCAGCCAAAUGUUUGUUGGCCGGUCUGCUGAUGAACUGUGUCUGCUUGUGUUGUAAGUGUAGUCACAUUUUAUACCACAUAAAGUUUUUUUUUUUAUUAGUUCAGUUGAUUUCCAAGAGGUU